UUCUACAUAGUGCUGUACAAAUGGUUUUGCUCUUUAUUGAGAGCCCAUACAUUUACUUCUGCAAAUCAUUAUCUGGCUAUCAUUUCCCUUUCUUUUCAAGAUCAUCGAAUUGUUUUUUCAACUGGGUUACCUGCAAAUAAAAUAUUUUCCACUGAUAAAUAUCAGUUAUUAUUAUUAUUAUUAUUAUUAUUAUUACUUUUCAAUAUAUGGCCGAGUGUCCAAUACAAAUACGAGCAGAUGAAUCAAGGAGCCCACUAGACCAGACCCCUCUUCUUGAAAAUCGUCAAGAAAAUGAUAAUGAAACCACUUUGGAUAAAACCCUUUUGCAGUUGGAAUUAUUUCUCACAAUUUUAGGAUUUAAUCAAACCACGGUGUUGAGUUUUGUGCUUUCUUGGGGUUUUCUUUUGCUGAUUGGAAUUUCGCUCCCUGUUGUGAUUCUUGAGCUUUCCAAUUGCCCAGGUUGUGAGAAGGGUCAGAUCAAGACUUUUGAAAUUGAUAUCGUGAUUUCUCAGGCUUGUUUAGCAGCUGCAUCUCUGGUGUGCGUUUCUCAUAAUUUAAGAAAGUAUGGUAUUAGGAAAUUUCUGUUUGUUGAUCGAUAUAGUGGACAUGUGGAGAGAUUCGGUGACCAGUAUAUUCAGAAGAUUUCAAAUUCUAUGCGCUUGCUAGUGUUAUGGGUGCUGCCUUGUUUCAUUCUGAAGUCUGCACGUGAAGUCAUCCGCAUUUUAUACGUUCGUCAUGAGUCAUGGUGGCACUCUGUUGCUAUUUUAUUCGCCCUUAUCCUUUCAUGGACUUGCGUGACGACAAUAUUUCUUUCGGCAUGUAUUUUGUUCCAUGUGGUUUGCAACUUGCAAAUAAUACAUUUUGAGGAAUAUGGGAAGCUUUUGGAAAGAGAACAUGAUUGUUUGGUAUUAAUACAAGAGCAUGCUCGUUUACGCUUCUAUCUCUCCAAAAUAAGCCACCGAUUUAGAAUAUAUCUUCUUCUUCUGUUCUUGAUCGUCACUAUAAGCCAGUUUGUGACUUUAUUCCAAACUACUGAAUAUAAUGGGAUGAUUACUUUCAUAAAUGGUGGUGACUUUGCGGUGUCCUCAAUUGUUCAAGUAAUCGGAAUAAUUCUCUGCUUGAAUGCCGCUGCAAAAAUAUCCCACAGAGCCCAGGCUGUCGGUGCACGUGCAAGUAGAUGGCAUGCUUUAAUGACUUGUAGUGCUACCGAUUCAUCUCUGUUGAGAACUUCGAAUAGCAUGGGAAAUCUAAAUGCUGCUAAUAUGUCAGGCUCGUUAUGUAUGAACUACUCAGAAAGUGAUUUGGAUUCACUUGAUUUCGUUGUUGGGCCAACAAAUACACAAUUGGCGUCUUAUAUGUCCUCGUACCACAAGAGACUAGCUCUAGUGAUGUAUUUGCAGUCGAAUCCUGGGGGGAUUACAAUCUUUGGGUGGACAGUAGAUCGAGGUCUAAUAAACACAAUAUUCUUCAUUGAACUGUCGCUUGUUACCUUUGUUCUGGGAAAGACCAUUAUUGAUCCGUCCUGAGUAACGCAUGAUCAGAGAGUUGGCAUUGUUCUUGAUGAAUCAACAUGGGUUAUUUAUCUGAGUUGCAAUCAGGUUCAACUGGCUGAUCCUAAACUCACAAGGACUCAACUCUCCUUCUUGCUUCCUGCAUCAAGAGCAAUGAGUACGUGCCCAGACCUGCCGAUGAGUUAUGUUAUCCACUUCUCGUCUAUUUUUAUUGUACUGCUUUCCUCUUUCAAUGCCAGUUGAGGAGAGAAUGUCGAGGAAGGGGCCAGGAUGAGGUAAGGGAGGGAAAAGAUCGACAUAGAAAGGCAAUCAAAGUGAAGCUCAUUGGAAUACUUCUAAAGGUUACCCUAUAAAUGUUAUUUCUGUAUGCAUUGUAAAGAAAAGUGGAAAAAUAAUGAUUAACAUUCGUUUUGUAUAAAAGACCGGUGAAACAAUUGGAGUCAAUUAUCUCUAUUUAUACCAUUUUAUUUCUUGAUUUACAAUA